GCUUGUCAAGUUGUCAGUAGUGUCUAGUGCCCAAAAUGGCUGCCAGCGAUGAUGAGCCUAUGCAACAUUUAUACGAAGUUUUCACGACUUGUUUUAAUAAAAUAGCAAACAAAGCACCAGAAAAACCUGGAUUUCAGAGUCCCUAUGCCUCAAUCGAUAACGGAAUGGCUUACGCCUUAAGCCCCACCGGUCCUGUAUAUCCGGGGGGUCCGGGGGCGAGCCCCACGCAGGCCGCGGGGGAGCCUUUUGCGGCGGACAGCCCCUAUUUUCCAUUUGGAGCGCGACCCGGUAGCCGUCUCAGUCCUGCUAAGGCGAAAGUAGCUGGUGGCGCCGCGGGCCCCACGGGGGCUUUGGCCAGGGGACCUAAAGACGAACCACAACAGCCUGCGGCGGCUACCACGUUAGAUGGGCAACAGUGGACGACGGUGUAUGGCUCGGACGAGUUCACAGACAGUCCUCGGUACACAUCCCCAGGUGCGACUUCGGGGUACUACCUGGCCGAUGGGGCUGCCAACACAGUGGGCGUGGGAGACUGGCCUCCCGCUUACACGAAUACAUAUCAGGCCUAUGAGGCGUAUGGUCUAAUUCCAGAACCGGAUUCAGGAAACCAGCAGGGACUGCCGCCCAUGUCCUCGUUGCGGCCGAACGGAGCACCGGCGACAACUAUAGCAGGUCCCGGGGGACCCCCUAGUGCUUUCGGAGGACCUAAUGGACAUCCAGAUGCUGUAAAAGGAUUAAAUGCUAUUUACCCCACCGAACAAGCGAGCGCGAGUAGCUAUAGCUCAGCUCCGUCAACACCGGUGAGCUCGCCCCCACCACUGGCGCCCACUGCCUGGCUAACCAAUCACAGCACGCCCCACUCCCCCCACUAUACGCAAGCCGUCACUGCGUCCGCGCCACAGAACUUGCACAUGCCCGCUGCCCCAGAAGCGCAACGCCUUGAUGACGCGAUCGGGUUUCUUCGAGAUCACGUUGAGGCUACGCAGGGUGCUCGUAUGGAAGAAAGACUGGACGAUGCCAUAAACGUACUGAGAAAUCAUGCGGAGUCUCAAAUAGGAUUAGGGCAGCUGCCUAACAGUCUUGCCCCACACCAGUUAACGCAUUUGGGUUACGCGGCGGGGCCCCCUUCUGCCUCUGAUCAUCACUUACCUGACCCGGUUAAAGUUGAAAGGCCUACAUACAAUACCAAAAAACGCAAAGAACCUCCAGACAGCGAUACUAAACCCUCUAGCUCAGUAGAAACUAGUUCAGCACCGAAUUCCACCAGCGGACUCACAAAAUCGACAAAGAGAUCGAGGAGAUGUAGCACCAACGAGGAAGAUGAUGGCGAAGACAAUACCAAUAAGGCUGUACGCGAAAAAGAGCGUAGACAAGCAAACAACGUGCGUGAACGUUGUUCCAGCGCUGAUGAGACUGAAGACGGUGAACUAGAUCCAGAUAUUAAAGCGCAAAGGGAAAAAGAAAGGCGGCAGGCGAACAACGCCAGAGAAAGAAUACGUAUCAGGGAUAUAAAUGAAGCCCUUAAAGAAUUGGGAAGGAUGUGUAUGGCGCACCUAAAGACAGAUAAGCCACAAACGAAGUUGGGUAUUUUAAAUAUGGCUGUCGAAGUCAUUAUGACUUUGGAGCAACAAGUUCGCGAACGAAACCUAAAUCCAAAAGCAGCCUGUCUAAAACGACGGGAAGAAGAAAAGGCCGAAGACGGCCCAAAAUUGGGUCCGGUCGGCCCCCACCACAUGCUCUCUGCCCCCCAUUAUCCCACGCUGCCCGGCGCCCCCAAUAACUUGCCACACAACGGCCCAGGGCAGCCACAAUAGCAUUGCUAGUAGCUUCCCCCCGUUUUGUUUUGAUACCUGUAUAUAAAUACUUUCGUACAAAAAAAAAAUAUUUGGAGGCAUCGUUCAUGGUUAUCAUACACAUAGCGUACGUAGUGUGUAGAGAAUGGAGUUAGGUUGGAGAAGGAAUGUCAAGAAUGAUAAUUUAUUUGAAAUGAUAAAUAAUUUGUUGUGCGGCAAUGGGUAAGACUUAACCAAUGCGUCCGAAGAUAGUGAUUGAAAUGCUAUAAGGUCAACUAAAUCAGAUUGCGAGAGCACAUUGCGACUUAAACUGAUUUUCUGGUGAGUUCUUGCUGUUUUCUUCUCCGCUAAAAAAAAACGAUAUUUAUAUAUUUUUUUAAGAAAACGUUUGUGAACGCGAUGCCGCAUCGGCCGGCGUUCUCGCGGUAACAUUUUAAAUGACCCUGUGCUACUUAAUUUUUACAUUUUUUUCACCUAGGUUUAUAUCGUAUUAUUUUUUGACAGCUUUAUUUUUUUAUUGUUCCAUUUAAUUUUGUAAUUUUAAGGCGACCAAUUUAGAUCACAGAAAAUCGUCUCAGUUUAAAGAAUUUUUCUGUAGCCAGGUAUUUUUUAAGCUUUUGGAUCUAUUGAUCUAUAAAGAGGUGGAAAUAAAGCCCUUGUUGUCUAAAUUUAAUUUUUAAUUAAGCAUGAAUAGGAAUAUGUAUGAUUUAUUUUACAAAUGAUUGACAAAAUCCAUUCUUAACACGUUAGCUGUCACGUAAAGCAAUUGUGUCUCACAGGUGACAUAUUUGUUUAAACCAGAUGAACCAACUGUAAUUUAUACUAGGUUCAAAGCAGAUUCAUUUAACUAGCUGUUCACCGUAUCACUAAUUACACACAAAUGAAUAAAAGCAACGGAAAAACACAAGUUUUGUUUUGAAUUAUGCAUGAUUCACAUAGCCACUUUGGUCAACCAGUCCACGCAGUACACACUUGAUUCACAUUCAAAAAAAAAUUGUUAUUAAUUUUUGAGAAGUAACAAAUAUUUGGUCAUCAUUUUUAUACCAUAGAAGUACCAUUUUUUAAAUGGUACUUCUAUGGUAUGAAAAUAAAUUUAUACCAUUUAAAAUUAUCGCUCUCAGCUGUUUCUUGGAAAAUAUUGUCAAUAUCCCGAGAAAAUGUUUACAUGAAAGAAGCCAUUACAAAGAAUGGCAUAAUCUCCUGGUAAAUUGAAUUUUUGCCUACCUAUAAAAAUAAAACGUUGAGAGAAGGCUAGAUCUAUUUUUAUUUUAAGUGUUAUUAACUUCGAAUUGGGUAACGGGCUAGGUUACGUUUAAUAGCGUUCCUUGCUAUAUAUUUUACCUCAUAAAUAGAAGAAUAUGUAUUAAUAUAUGAACUGCUCAGAAUCUCAAUUCGUGUAAGUCACUCAAUGUAAAACGAAAAAAGCAUAUUUUUUUUAAAAGCAUCGCACAACUUCCUAUAACUAUUUUUAUUGAGACAUAAAAUACUGAUAAACAAAAUGGCAACCAAAAAAAUCUUCUUAGACGACCUUUGGAUUUGAAGUUUACACAUUAUUUAUUUAUUAUUGCGAAAUAUAAAAUACGCGAUAAUGUAGCGGAAUAUAAUGCGGUGAAUCAAAUAUUAAUUAAGCUACCUUUUCACUUUUUGACAGAUAGAUGGACUCCUGAAUUUUUAAAAAGUUACGUAAAUCUCAUUAAAACGAAAAUCAUCUUGUGUAGUUUGGUUAUAAAAAUCUGGUUUAUUCUGAGAACAUCCAGUGCUUUUUAUGUGUAACCAAUUAAUUUUUACACGUCAUGGAUUUUUAAUAUUUUAGAAUACAAUCUUCAGGACAUUAAAUAAAUUCCUUUUUCUUCUCCUUUUGACUUAAUGACUUCUAAAUUCGACUUUAGUAUUAAGCAUCGAUGUUAUAUCUUUCUUAGAGUUAAAUUUUAAGAAAACCCUGUAAUACAAAACUAAUUUUCACAGAAAAGUUACUUACAGUAAUUAUCUUCUAAGCCCUCCAUAUGUCCAAUUAAAAUAUGAUAUUUGGUUUAUAAAAAAAUAUAAAGAUACUUUACCCACUUUUAAGUCUUCAUUCCUUUGUAUAGUAAACUAAAAUUAUUAAUAGUAUUUCGUUUAAAAUUCAAAAAGAAUCAUAAAAAGCACAAUAUUAAAUUGUAAUACACCGCCCCUGGGCUUUACUGUCAAAUGCCUAUUGCCAUUAUUUAUAAAGUAAAAUAUAUAGUAACAAAUAUCUUUUAAACUAGACCUUGCUCGUUUGAUAAUGAUUUCGCAUUACGGAGUAAAUAACUUUGAAAUAAAAACAGAUGUAACAUUCGUGAACAAAAAGAUUUAAACAAACAAAAUAUUUAUAUACAAGGUAAUACCUGUUACCUGGUAUAAAAAUGUUUAUUUUCUAAUUCCCCAUAGUUGUUCCCUCUAGCGACGGUUCUAGGAACUUGAAAAUAAUUUCUUUUAAUUUCCCACGGCCAUGAUAUUUUGUUUUUCCACGGGACAUUCGGUAAUACAUCUCGAGAUAAAGCCGAGAACCAUUCUUAGUGGGACACGUGAUACUAUGGCAGUUAAUGUGUUAAAUCCCUCACUUUUUAUUGUACAUUUCACUUAAUUAUUUACUUGUGAUUUACACAAUCAGAACAUCCGUUACAAGGGCUUCCUUACCCUCACUUUAUUAUUUUCCAACGUUUAGAAGAUACGUAGCACAACUUCUAAAACUGAGACAAUUUUUUUUUAACAAUUCACCCAAAAAACUCUUAUAUAUGGUUCGAGACCACCCCAUGUGCCAAACCCACACCCCUUUAAAAUACUCUCUAUUAGUUUUAAUAUGUUACGUUUAAACUUAGACAGCUACUUAAUUUUAUAUAUUAUAAUGAAACGAAAAUCAUCGGUAUUAUGUGUUUGAUCUCCUUUUUAUUUUGCCAUGACAUUUUUUUUAAAUUUCACCGUAGUCUUAAGGCAAGAGUAAUGUGAAGGUAAGCACUGAUCACUGAUACUGAAAUCACAUGAAUAGAUUUAGGUUAUUUUUUUUAUCAAUUAUAUAAUAUAAUAGUUUUUAUUUUGAUUUGAGGACUUAAAAAAAGUGCCAUCUAGAUGUGCAUCGAACUACAUAAUCUAGAACUAAACAGAACAAUUCAAAAAGAUUCCGCCACUUUUGUCUCGAACCAGAUAUAAGUGCACCACGCGCCAGUAUUUUGGUUUACACUUACUUUUUUUUUGUAAAUAGACCUUAACACGUUCAUUCUUUUAAUUAUCAAGGCAAUAUUAUUUAUACAUGUAUGAUUUCUUUGCAAAACCGUAGGUCUUUCCACAUGGAUGUUGCCUAUCGAAAUAGAAAUUUAUUUAUUAGAAAUUUUUAUUUAAUAGAACUCGUUUUUGAAGUUCUUUAUUUUCGUCAUCUCCCUUUUUUUCGUUGAAUUCAGUAUUUACCUCGAAGCGACGAUUUUUGCCGCUUUGAAUAUGGGACAUACCAUGUAUUGUUCAAAACUUGGUUUCUCUCUUAGAAUAUCUGUAGAUUUAAGAGCCUUAAUUUUUUUUAUAUAUAGGAGUAUUUUUUAGGCGAUUUUUCUUAAAUAAUUGUAUUUUUAUUAAUUUUGUUUAUUUUAGUUUCUAGCCAUUUUAUAUUUAUAUAUUAUUAUUAUUAUUAUUA